UGCUGGCCCCGGGCCUGGGAACAGUUCGGUCCCCGCUUGCCGAGGGUCUUCUGUGCCGUCGCCGCCCGUCCUGCGCUGCUGGCACCGGGACCAGCACCGGGACUGGGACCGGAACUGCUCAGCUUGGCUGCGAGCACCUCACCAGUGUGGCAGCUUCCAGACCUGUGGAUCCAGGAGAAACAAUCGUCUGCCCACUGAGGGAGCAGGGCAGGAGGGCUGCCUCCUAACACCAGCCAGGAAGUACAUUGGCUGCUGCUCUGCCCCUCAGCCAUUUUUAGAAGACUCAUUGUUAACUUUUCCUCAACUUGCUGACUUCUCAAUCCACUCUGGUUCAGGUUAGCCCUUGCCCUCUUUGGUCCUGUUCCCACUGGGGAGGCUUAAGGGCACCUACCCUCCAGUAACCAUCCUAGCCUGGUGUGGGAGCCAGUCCUUGCUCUACUGGGCCCUUCGUGGAUGGUACAGUAACAUGUCCACCAAGGUGCCCAUCUACCUGAAGCGGGGCAGCCGCAAAGGGAAGAAGGAGAAGCUGCGCGACCUGCUGUCAUCAGACAUGAUCAGCCCGCCCCUGGGUGACUUCCGUCACACCAUUCAUAUUGGCAGUGGUGGUGAGGGCGACAUGUUUGGCGACAUCUCCUUCCUCCAGGGCAAGUUCCACCUGCUUCCUGGCACAGUGGGCGAGGGGCCCGAGGAGGAGGAAGAUGGCACCUUCAACAUCCCCUUCCCGUUUGCCCGGACCACCACGGUCUGUGGGCGGGAGCCCUUGGGACUCUCUGAUGGGCAUUCCCCCCUGCUCAAGAAUGCCAUCUCCCUCCCAGUCAUCGGUGGGCCCCAGGCCCUCACCCUGCCCUCAGCUCAAGCCCCGCCCAAGCCACCCCGCCUGCACCUAGAGCCUUCACUUCCAGCCCCCCAGGAGAACGAGAGCGUGGAGUUGUGGAGGACUCAGGAUAGCGACUCUCCCCGAAACGGCUUCAUGCCUGAGCAGGGAACUGAGGAGCCAUUCCUGUCCCAAGCCAGCUCCCUCCUCUCCCUGCACGUAGACCUGGGGCCUUCCAUACUGGACGACGUCCUGCAGAUCAUGGAUCAGCGCCAAGAUCUGGACAGAGUGGAGAUCCCCACAUAAAGCCCUGAGAACAGGGCAGGACAGGUGGUGGCGCUAGGCUCAGGGUGAGCCCGGGGGCGAGACGUGGUCACGGAUGCCUUCCAUUGCUCAUAGCCAAGCCUUCACUUGUGUGGUUGGAGGCCUCCAUUUCUCCCCACUUUGUCCCAUGGGAAGAACAAACACCAGCAGGAAAGUGCUGUGCACUCCGUGGGGCAGAGGUACUGUGAAGGCAGCUCAUCCUUGCUCAGGCAGCUCAUCCUUGCUCAGGAAGCUCAUCCUUGCUCAGGCUGCCUCAGCUCCGUCCUCAAAGACUCCGGCUGGCAGACUUCUCUUAGUUGUGGGGGGCACCUAGUUCUUCCUUCCUUCAGCCAGGGGGUGAGUGACCAGGAGAUGCUCUCUCAAAGGAGUUGGCAGGAUGGAGAAGGCUCAAGGACUGACGACAGGAAUCCACCCAGCCCUGGGGGGGGGGGGACGGACUGUUUAUCCCCUGGGGAGGACCUAGCAGGCAGUGUGGCUGUGGGGUCAGCCCCUCCCCCCCACCCCCGACUUAAAAGUGAGCUGUGAUUGCAAUAAACUAUGCUGGAUUGGUGACCGCCUCUUCUGCCUCAGCCUCUUCCCCGUCUCUCCAUCUCAAAAACCAAACUUGUAUUUAAUAUGUGCUAGAUACCAAGGUGGGUGGCCAGAGGGGCUGAAGGCAUGACCCCUGCCUCUAACCCAUUUCUAGUCAUAGGACUUAGAAGCUGUCUAGCCCAGCUCCUCAUUUUACAAAUAGGGAAACUGAGGCUCAAGUUUACACACCUUGCCAGAAGUAGGUGGCAGCUAGCUUCUCCAGUGCCAAACAGGACUUUCACCUAAACUUCCCACCCCGCUCUGCCGACCUCUCAGCGCUGCAGAGACCUGCACGUGUUAUUUCUUUAUUUCCUCCCUAGCAUGCAUGGGGCCUUGAAUGCCGCUGACAUUUAAUAAAGA